GCCGCCGGCCGGCCGGUGUCCGUACGUGCCUCCUCCCGGCUCGCCGCAGCGGCCGGCGCUCUGCUUCGGCGACGGCUACAACCUGGCGGCCAUGGGCGGACGAAGGCUGCCGUACCGGACGGAGGAGGAGGACCCCAAGUCGUGCUGCGGCAUGGUGGUCACCCAGUCGGUCUCCAUCCGCUGGUUCAUCGUCAUGAUCGCGUUCGUCGGGCUCUGCUGUGCCAUCGUCGGCACCGUGCUCGGCGCACUGAAGACCACUGGCCGCGAGCACCUCACCGUCUCGCUGCUCAUGAUAGGCGUCGGUAUUGUCCUGAUCACGGUGUCCGGCAUCGCGUGGCGCCUGACGUCACGCGACUCGCCCUCUUGUCGCGUCAUGCUCGGCCUGGCCCGCCAGCAGGAGGAGGCCGACUCGCGACGCUUCAUGCACAGAGUGGUGCCGGCGUACGGUCGGCCCCACCACCCGUACGCAGCGAUGGUGUACCCGGAGUUCCAGUUCCGACCGCCACCGCCCAGCUACCACGCCUCGAUGCAGGCGUACCGGCUGGGACUGUUGCUGGAUCGGCACAACGCGGCGGCGGCGGGCCACACGGCGGCGCUCUCGCCGCCGCCGUCCUACCGGCCGGCCAACGGCACGCUCAGGCCCGGCAUGAACACGCUCUCCCGCCACUCCGAGUACAGUCACCCGCCCAGCUACCACUCGCGCCAGUCGUCGGCCAACCCGCAGCCGGCCGCCGAGCCGGCCGUCUGCCACAGCCGCAACCCCAGCGUCCUCUCGUUUCUCUCGCACGAGUCUCUAGUGUUUCGGGGGCCCGCUAGAUGGCAUACCCAGCACCGACGGCGUCAACGUCAUCUCGGUGCUGCAGACCGGCAGCCUGGAGGACGGCAAGCGCAAGCGACGCCGUGAGAAGCGCGAGGCGAAGGAGGGCCGGCUCGAGGAGGAGGUCAAACGCGAGGACAACCUGGUGACGAUCGUGCAGACGGACGGAAGUCACAUGAUGGACGAGGAGUCACCGCUGCCGGCGCCGCCGCCACCGCCGGCGGCGCCGGUUACGCCGCCCGAGGGCGGCCACGUGGUGCGCUCCAACAGUGUGGUGGUGACCGUGAGCGGCGCGCUCGAGCGGUCCGCGCCGGCCGCCGGCUCCGACGGCGAGGUCGAGAUCGUGGCGCACCUGUAGCCGCUGACGUCACGGCACAUGGCGUCACGGUUUGUGACUUCACGAGACCGCCGCGGCUGUCGCCGGGUCGGCCGGCGGAGCUGCGCCGCAGCGUCGGCGGCGCGGUCUGGACGACGGCGCGCGCUGGCCGCCGGAAACGACGUGACGUCAUGCGGCUUGGUGUGACGUCAGACGGUGCUGGUUGACGUCAUCGAUGACGUCAUCCCACCGACAGCCGACGCCGCUCGGAAGUGCCAUGGACGGCGGUUGGCCCUGCCAAAACAGACCGCGAACGGCGUCGGCGUCGGGUUGUAGCGGACCGCGGCGUCCGGCGCGUGCCGCGCGGUCCGAGGCGCGACUCAACGCUGCGGCGGUGGCGCCAGCGGGGCUCGGAGCGGGCCAGGGAAGUGGCGGGGUACAGAGCGAGCCAGGGCAGUGGCGGGGCCAGGGCAGAGUGGGCCAGGGGCAGAGACGGACACAGAACCACCAGAUCAAUCGCGCGGUCAGAGGAGGCUGCGGGCCGGUGACGUCUGCUCGGCGACCAGGCCGUCGUCUGAGAGUGUGUGCCAGUCAGGGAGAGGGGGUCCCGGACCCAGCGUCGCAACGGUGGUGUCGCUGGGCAAGGUCCGUAGGUGUUGGCUGGGCUGAUGCGCCUCUGAAUAUGGCUCCGACCGUCCACCCCACCAGACCAGACCAGACCAGACCAGACCGUAGUCUGCCGUCACGCCCGGUCCUCUGGUCAGCUGACUCGUGCUCGCCAUGUCCCACGUCAACCGCCGUCGGCCCUCCCGCCAUGUUUAUCCAGGGGUCGCUGGCGGGCGGCCGCGCGCGCCACCGCAGCGCCGGCGCCGCUGUGGCGUCGCCGGUUCGUCACCGGCCACGUGGCCCAUCGGCCCGGUGCGUGUUGUGAUGGCCAGCGAGGCAUUCUGCGCGGUGUUGGCCCGUUCGCCGCCUGUGUGUAUUCGUGCGCGUGGCUGGUACGUGACGUGACGGGUUCCGUGUUUGUGUGGGUGUUUGUGUGGGUGUGCGCGCGCGCCGGUGUGCAUCCGGCGCCAGGGGCGGGUCGCGCUGUCCGUCACGUGAUCAGCAGCCCGCGGGCGGGGUCAAGGUUGCUGGGGCGCCUCGAGAGCGGCGGCCGCCCCGUGUCGGGGCUGUGCGCGACGCCAGCUGCCGACUCCGGGUCGGAGAGGUGUGAGCGUGCUGGCAGCAGCUGCGUGGGACACCCGGCACCCCCGCCAGCCGGCGCGCCGCGGCACGUAUCAUGCCUUUCAUAUCAUCAUGAAAUGCACGCCCCGCGGGGGCAGCCUUCGCAUAGUCAUCCUUUACGCAUACAGUCGAACCAA